GCCACUCACCAUUCACCUACAGUUUAAUUUUUAAAAAACUAUUUGAUCAAAUAUAUUUUUCCAGAUGAAAAUGAAACCAGAAGUGAUCUCUCUAAUCACUACUAGUUGCAGGUAGUGGAUAUAGGGCUAAUGGAAGACAGAUGAGGAUUGUAAUUUGGGUCUGUAACUUGUCCAACAUCUUGCUCUGUAACUUGGCCUUAACUGCUUCCACAAUGCCUCUGUUUUGAAUGUGUUUUGUGGGUUGAUUCUCUGGUUCACUAUAAUUUCGUUGAAGAAAUUGGAUUCCUACAUCAGUCCGAUUCGGAAGCUAAGGAUGCAACCAUUUAUUAGUCUUCUCUGUAACUAACUUUGUUUUUAAUAAAUUGAAAUAGCAAUAAUUCAUCUACUCUCUGAAAGAAAACUAUAUUACUUAUUACUGUAACAAAACCGAAUGAUGAAGAACAACUGCAAAUAGCAAAAGCAAUUUAUACAGAGUCAAAAGAAUGCAUACUCUGGGAAAAAUUGCGAUUGAUCGCGAUUCGGAUAAAAUCGCAGUUGGCGCCGUUUUUCCCCCAAUAAUCGCGUAAAAAUCGUUGACUGUCAACGAUUUUUUUGGGAUUAAAAUCGCUAUUAAUCGCGAUUGAAACCUGCCAAAAAAUCGCGUUUUUCAUUUCCCGCGAAAACGAAGACAAAAAACCCUAAAACGACCGCAAAAAAUUAUUAGAUGCAUUCUCCACAGUCCAGACACCACAGAUUCGUGGGAACUGCCUUGCAGAGUCGCGGGAACGCUUUGCAGAGUCGCGGAAUUGCAGAGUCAGGCGUUCUUCAGUCAGUUACGGUGCGGCUCUAUCAUUCUUCUCUAAAUCGAUAAUUUGUAUGAUCUAAGUACUCAUAUUCUUUGUAUUACCUAUUCUAUAUUUGAAUGUAGUAGGAAUGAGUCAUCCAAGUAGGUUCGAUUUAAUUUUAAAAUUUCUCGAGUGUUAACUGAGUUAUAAGAUUGGGUGAAUCUUCUUCUCACAUUAUUAAAGUAGGGGAAGUUAAAAGUAAAUCUUCAACUUCAUUGGUAGCACAGAUUUACAACUCAUUUGUGCCAAAGUUUUUUUGAGUUAGUCCGGUGACUGGUUUCACUGUGUAAGUCAUGACACCGAUCCUUAUUUUAGGACACUUUAUUUUAUUUUUAACCCAAAAUGUUAGAAAUAUAUAUUUGAACAAUCAAACUAGGGUUAAUAAAGUCUUUGCAAUACUACCAUGAUGCCAUCUUUUGAAUGUCUAAACCCAACACAUGCUUUCAUUCUGUAGAAAGAAUCGAAAUCAACAUAAUUUGUAGGUAGCCUUAGCUGCAGGGCCAUUUCCAUAGUUGAUCAACUCUUCUAUUGUAGAUUCCAUUGAUAACUGAAUGCAACGCUAGACUAUCAUAGCUAUAGACAAGGUAAUUAAUAUAUAAAGAUUAGAUAUAUAUACUAUAACAGCUAUUCCUGUCCUAGUCUCAAUAUACAAAAGACUUAAAUUCAAUUUAGUGGUCAUUAGAAUUGAAUAGGUUACAGAUUUUAAGUGAUAUUUUAUACUCUUGAAAUUUCCUUCUUUGCAAAUUUUAAGGUUGAAGAUAGAUAGCAAAAGAUAAAACAAUUCUCUACAUGGAAAGAAUAGUACAAGGAAAAUCAGCCUAGAGAAUAAUUGCUGACGUAAGAAGGAAGAACGCACAAAUUAGUAUGAGGAUUAAGAGAAAUCAAUGGAUGAAGGCUAUAGAAAUUAUUAGUAUAAGCAUAGAGUUGAGCUUGAAAGGUUAAGGAGAGAAGACUGUCGAAGGGGAAGAAACUUUAGAAAAGGUAUACUUCCAUUGUUAAAGACAUAUGCCAUAGAAUAUGAGAAAACAAAGUCUCGGUAUUUGUAUGUGUAUAAUUUGUUGACCGUAAUGUGUGUGUAAAAACAAUAAAGUCUUUGUGUUGAUACAUGUAUAAUCUAUUUCAGUGCAAAUACAUGUAACCUAGUGACAAGUUAAGACUUCAUGAAUUAAGUACCUUGUAGUCAUAGGUGGCAUGGUGGAAACUAAAUAAUUGCUGAUCAGCCUAGAAAAUCUUUAGAGAACUUUUUAUUUCCACUAGUAGCUUUUGUAGAUGAUUUGUUUACAACUAAUAAUCAGGUCAGCCCUAUGUAUUUGUACCGAAUAAAACAUUUGGAGGCACCUUUAGAUAAGAACUAAAAUAUUAAUGAUAGAAAUGGAAGAUAAUGAUAAAAUUGUAAGAGGUUAAAGACAAUGAACAUUGUAAAUUGGUACAUAGCAUAAUACUCUUUGAGCUGCCAUCCAUCUUCAUAAAUUUAUGCUUUUGUAGUAAUGAGACAUAAUAGCAUACAUGUCCUCAUUGUACUGGUCAUGUCAAGAGUUUGCAUCGAUUUCAUUGUUCAUGGCAUGAUGUGCUUUAGGUAAAUAUCACGGACACCUAUAAACCCAACAUAACAUCCAUACUAUGCAAAAAAUUAAAGUUGAAUUAAUCACUAGAAGCUACAACAUACAAAUUUGUAUUUCAGCAAACACAAGGUUUUCUAAGAAUUCUUUUUGAGCAUUGCAAAGAUAAUCAUAGUUGUCUUAAGAGUUUGCAGCCUUAACAUAAAAUAGUUUGCAGUAUUUUAGUGUUUUUGUCCUAAGCUCACUCAAAACAAUACCUGCUUUAUGGUGAUUUGGCAGAAUGCACUUUUCUACAUUUUAGAAAUGUUAAAAUCAAAUUUUCUCCCAUGCCAUUGUACUCAAGGUCAGUAUGCAAUUCAACUACAACACAUGAAAAGCUUACUAUAAACUUUAGAACUAUAUAUAACCUUCAUAGACCUGUCCAGAUUCAAUGACUGAUUAGGAAACAUUUGUAAACGAUUUAAACUAGCAAACAUUUCUAACUUGUUGAGGUUCCCCCAUCUUUAUCCUAUUUUAAACUUGACUUUAAUUACAUUUACACUUUCAGUUUCCCAUGUGAAAUCAUUUAUCUAACUUGUCGGGGAGCCAUGAAAGACUGAAUUAAAAUGCCUUUGCAGAUUUGAUUCUUGAUCACAAUGCCACGUCAGAAAGAUUUUGCGUGGACACAUUGCACACCAAUUGCCGGUAGCACGAAGGUUAAAUGCAAUUGGUGUCUGAAUGAUAUCAGUGGUGGAAUUUAUCAUUUCAAAUGGCAUUUGGCAAAAGAACCAGGAAAUAACACCACCAUUUGCUUAAGAUGCCCUGCAGAUGUCACUUAUCAAGCAAAACAAGCUCUUGAUGGGAUUUGUGAAAGUAAGGCUAAAAAGGUGAGAACUGAGGUUGAAAUAGGUUCUAGUUCUAUAGAUGUUAGGAGGAAUCAUUUGGGUGAGGAGGAUGGUGAACAAGGGGGUUUUAGGGAAUCUGGGUCAGCACCUUCUUCUACAGCAUGUGGACCAAACACGUGUGGAGGAAACAUUAAUGAUUUCUUCCAAACUUGUACUACACUAGGAUCACAUACCACUUUGGAGAGUACAGGAUGGAGGGAAAAUGUCCAUGAACAAGCAAAGAAGGCAAUUGCAAAUUUUUUGUUCUCUAGCUUGCCAUUCCAUUCUACUAGACCUCCAUAUUGGCAAGGUAUGGUAGAUGCUAUUGCAGCUGCAGGUCCUGGGUUUCAAGCUCCAUCUUACGAAACAUUGAAGGUUGAUAGGCUCAAAGACGCAGUACAAGAUGUUCAAGAUGUUGUUAAAGAGCAUCGAUUACGAUGGGCUAUUAGUGGUUGCACCAUAAUGUCGGAUGGGUGGAUAGAUAGAAGGAACCGAACUCUCAUUAACUUCCUUGUCUCUUGUGAUAUUGGCACUAUAUUUUUGAAAUCUGUGGAUGCAUCAGAUGAAAUCAAAUCUACAACUGCAUUGUUUGAGAUGUAUGACUUGGUAGUCAUGGAUGUGGGGCCACGAAAUGUGGUUCAAUUUAUCACAAACAAUGCUAGUGCUUGUGUUGCUGCUGGGAGACUCCUGAUAGACAAAUACCCCUCUAUGUUUUUUACUCCAUGUGCAACACAUUGUAUUGAUCUAACCUUAAAGGACAUUGGAAACAUUGAAUAGGUUAAGGAGGUACUACAAAAGGUUCACACGAUUACCAAAUUUAUUUAUAGUCACACAAGGGUUUUGUCUAUAAUGCAUUCUUUCAUAGGGGGCAAGGAGCUAGUUCGACCAAGGGUGACAAGAUUUGCAACACACUUCCUUGCACUACAAACUCUAUGUCAACAAAAAAUGAAUUUGAGAUGAAUGUUUGUUUCAAACGAGUGGAUAGAGUUUGACUCCACAAAUCAAAUAGAUGGCAUAACAGUGGUAGAGUACAUGUAUUCUACCAGUUUCUGGGAUGCGGUUGAACAAAUUGUAGAAUUUUUCAGAGCCUUUAGUAAAAGUCUUGAGACCAGUGGAUGUGGAUAAAUCCCCCAUGGGAUAUUUGUAUGAGGCUGUGUCUAGGGCCAAGGAGGUGAUGAGGAGUAGGAUGGAAAAUAACAAGGAUAGGUAUAUGCCGUUGUGGGACAUAAUUGAUAGUAGAUGGGAUGGACAAAUGGAUUCUCCUCUCCAUGCAGCAGGAUACUUUCUUAAUCCAUCGUUGUUCUACAAGACUCCAUUAAGAGAUAUUGAUGCUAAGAUCACACAAGGUUUCUUCAAGUGCAUGGAGAAAAUGUUUCCAAGCCGGGAUCAAUUUAAUGAAGCUAUGUCAGAGUUUCAAAUGUAUGAGCAAGCUACGGGUUUUCUCUCUUCUAGGGCUGCUGUGGCAAGUAGAAAGAUUCUCCAACCAGCUCAAUGGUGGGGCUCUUUUGGUGACGAAUGCAAAAAUCAUAGGUGGAUGGCGAUACGCAUUUUAACCCAACCAUGCAGCUUAGCCACUUGUGAGCGUAAUUUGAGUGUUUUUGAACACCUACACUCCAAGAAAUGCAAUCGCCUAGCACAACACGGAUGAAUGACUUGGUGUUUGUUCACCACAACCUUCGCUUGAAGCUAAAGAAAGAUCAAGAUAAGAAUUUAAACAUACUUGCAAUUAGUUGAAAUUGUAUCAAUUAUGCUUUUCAUUUGUAAGGCAAAGACUAAUUUCUACAUUGGAAAAACAGGAACUACUAAGGAAGACGAGCCAAUUGACUUCGAUGAGAUUGAUCUAGAGUCUAAGUGGAUUGCUAAUGAUGAUGAUGAUUUUCUUGGGCUUGAUGAUUUUGAUUACAUGGCGCAGGCCAACUUGGACCCUCAUAUAUAUAAUUGAACGAGCUAGGACGUGCCCUCACCCAAGAGCUUCAUCAUUAGGGCCUUCUACCCUCUAGCAUGUCAUUGACUACAUUUGAUUUUUUGGAACUUUGUGCUUAGUUUAUAGGUACUUUGUACAAAGUCACAAACUUUAUUAUAAUUGACAUUUUGACAAUUGUCACUAUCGAGUUAUUAUUUAUGUUGUGGUAUGUUUUGUGCAACGUAA